UGUAGUCGCGGAGGAGGAGGCGAGAAAACAAAAACAAUCGUUCGGGGCCGCCAUCUUGGUUUGGUCUCCGUGCGGCUGAAUGGACAGCGAUGAGCGGACUCGGCGAAAGGAGGCGCCCUGUAGGCCGGAGACACAGUGCGGACACUGAGCUCCCUCUCCGGGGCGAGUGACUGGGAGGAUAGGCCGAGCGGCGCCCGCUGUGUCCCGGGAGGUGGUGAGCGCUGACCCGAUCCCUCAUCGUGUGCGCGACGUCUCAUCCCUCCUUCAUAUUCUCCGUACUACCCGCCACCCCCGGGACAUGGGGGCCCCUCUCUCCCGCCUGCUGCUGCUUCUCACCCUGCCCUCCGGCUGGUGACCCGGUGCACGUGCUGGAGACUCCCCUACCACCCUCACCCUCAUUACUGUUACUGCUAUACCGUGCGGAUCUAUCUCCGGCCGGGAGACAUGGGAGCCGCCACUAAGCUGGCCUUUGCCGUGUUCCUCAUCUCCUGCUCGUCAGGAGCCAUACUGGGGAGGUCGGAGACCCAGGAAUGUAUCUACUAUAAUGCCAGCUGGGAGAAGGACAAAACAAAUCGUAGUGGCAUUGAGCACUGCCAGGGAGACAACGACAAGAGGAGACAUUGCUUUGCCACAUGGAAAAACAUCUCUGGAUCUGUAGAAAUUCUUAAGCAAGGCUGUUGGCUCGAUGAUAUAAAUUGUUAUGACAGAAAUUACUGUACAGAAAGGAAGGAGAACCCAGAUGUGUUUUUCUGUUGCUGUGAAGGCAAUGUUUGCAAUGAGCGAUUCUUCCACUUCCCAGAAACGGAGACUACACAUCCCACCUCAAACCCAGUUACAACGAAGCCACCUCUGUUCAAUACGUUACUUUAUUCUCUGGUGCCUAUCAUGGGAUUUGCUGUAAUCAUCCUCUUUUCUUUCUGGAUGUACAGACAUCAUAAACUUGCUUAUCCUCCGGUACUGGUCCCCACACAGCACGCCUUUCACAUUAUGAUAGAGGAUCCAGGUCCUCCCCCACCUUCUCCCCUGCUGGGGUUAAAACCUCUGCAGUUGUUAGAGGUGAAAGCUCGAGGAAGGUUUGGUUGCGUGUGGAAAGCACAGUUAUUAAACGAACUUGUAGCUGUCAAAAUAUUCCCCUUACAGGACAAAUUGUCGUGGCAAAACGAGUAUGAAAUUUACAGCCUGCCAGGCAUGAAGCAUGAAAAUAUUCUGCAGUUUAUUGGUGCAGAAAAGCGUGGAACGAACCUUGACACAGAUCUGUGGCUUAUUACAAUGUUCCACGACAAGGGAUCACUUACAGACUUUCUCAAGGCAAAUGUUGUCACUUGGAAUGAACUCUACCACAUUACUGAAACAAUGGCUAGAGGUCUGGCGUACCUCCAUGAAGAUAUCCCAGGUCUAAAGGAUGGGCAUAAACCUGCAAUUGCCCACAGGGAUAUCAAGAGCAAAAAUAUACUCCUGAAAAACAACCUGACAGCAUGUAUAGCAGACUUUGGUCUGGCUUUAAAGUUUGAAGCUGGUAAAUCUGCUGGUGACACUCAUGGUCAGGUGGGCACUCGGAGGUAUAUGGCACCAGAAGUGCUAGAGGGCGCUAUCAAUUUCCAGAGAGACUCCUUCCUGAGGAUAGACAUGUAUGCGCUAGGCUUGGUUCUCUGGGAGCUGGCGUCACGGUGCACAGCAUCUGAUGGGCCUGUGGAUGAAUACAUGUUACCCUUUGAGGAGGAAGUCGGCCAGCACCCGUCUCUUGAGGAUAUGCAGGAGGUGGUUGUACAUAAAAAGAAAAGACCCAUUUUAAGGGAAUGUUGGCAGAAACAUGCGGGGCUGGCGAUGCUCUGUGAAACGAUAGAAGAAUGCUGGGAUCACGACGCGGAGGCCAGGUUAUCGGCCGGCUGCGUAGAGGAGAGGGUUAUCCAGAUGCAAAGACUCACAAACAUUAUUACCACAGAGGACAUUGUAACAGUGGUUACCAUGGUGACGAAUGUGGACUUCCCACCCAAGGAAUCUAGUCUAUGAUACUUGCACUUGACCAACAGAACUCAGAGCUGCUAAGCUAAGGAAUGACUUUCUUAGAAUGGUUGGUCUUUUAUUGCGAUGUCCGUCAUACAGGAAGCACCAGACUUAUUUCAUUCCACAGGACCUGGAACGGUUCUGCAACAAAUUGAGGAAUGAAUAAAACAUGAAGAAAACACUGUCCUUGCUCUGGAUAAUUAACUGACACCAGUUUUCUAAUCAUGUCAGAAAAGACUGAAACCUUGAGUGAACUACUGCUAUAGAUAUAUAUAGAUAUAUAUAUAUGUGUGUAUAUAUAUAUAUAUAUAUAUAUGUAAUAUUUUUUUUUUUUAAAUCAAAGCAUUUCAUUUCAGACUUAAAAAGGGUAACUUUUUAUUGCAUUUGCUGUUGUGUUUCUAUAAAUGACUAUUGUAAUACCAAUAUGACACAGCUUGUGAAUGCUCCCUGUGCUGCUGUUUUAUGUAUAGAAACCUAAAAUAAUUUGUGGGACAUUUUAAAGAGGCUUCCAAGCGUACUUUAACCUCCCUCAACAAGCUAUACCUCAGUUCCACAGUCUCUAAAUUAUACAUUUGAAAACACUAAGCAAUUUUAAUAAUAAAUGCAACCAGUUUUAUAUGUAUCACAUUUUUGUGUUACUUAAGAAAAAAACACAGUAACUUGUGUUGAACCCAUCAGAGGUGUCUUCAAUACAUUGCUUGUGGGUUAAAUGAAUGACUUUCUAGCGCCUCUAUUACUGGAAAGGUUAAUGUCCACAACAAGUAACCAUUCCUAAACAGUGUUUUAUAACCUUUUUAAGUUCUUGGAGCCCAACCACCCCACCCCCAGGUAGGUAAUUCUUUCUUACCUGCCAAUGUAUUAUAUAGGUUUGCUGUGUCUGAGGAAUUAUUGAAAAUAGAAGCAUGUUUCUUUUUAAUUUUGCAAAAGCUCUAACACUGGAACACUCUGUUCUCCUCAGUUUCUUUAUGUUGUGUGUUGUCUGUUCAGAGAACGGCCAGCACAGCUGUUUCCGGAUCUCCUCAGGAAGUUUCGCGACCCAGAAUUCCUCACUAUGCUUUCAGAAUUACAAUCACACAGUGCCAUCGUGUCAGCACAGUACUCCAAAUCUGCCGUCUAGCGAUCUCCCCGUUUCUUUAAACGGAUACAGAUUUUUGCACCACAGAUUUCAUGUGUUGCCGUUUAAUAAAGGAAAAAAAAUCAGGGAAAAUUGGUGAAAUGUAAUACUCUCCAUUAUGCAACUGUUUCACAGUGUAACCAAUACUGAUAUGGAUAGGACAGACUAGCAGGAAAAUAGACUUGACACACCAUUGGUGUGUUUUGGUUGGACAUAGGAAUAGGUGCCAAAGUCUGUGUUAGGGUGGAGAAAAGGAAGUUAAGGUGCAUCCAUUGCCUACAUAUAGUGGAAGCAGCCAUAUUGUGCGCUGAGCCAAUAUAUGUUAGACUGUAACCUCUAUUCUAUGCACUAGGCCUGAAUGUGACCGGUUCCUAGGGCAUGCAUAGGUGCGUUUACCAAGAAUGCUGGCGGCUCACAAAUGAACGGACUGCACUGGGUGUACAUUACUUUUUGUGCAUGCCAAAGUAAAGCUUUCUGUGUCUGAAUUUUUCAGUGAACCUAUACAUUAGCAAGUAUUACGUUUUGUCAAUUAUAAAUGCAGGAAAUUUUUUUACACUGUUUCUACCAAUCAGGCUCACUGUAAGCGUGCAAUGUCCUAGGAUGCAGAUAUCAUCAAGCAGAACAUUGGUCACUCACUUUCUGGGAGCAGCACAGUUCACAAGCCGCAGGGUGACCAAUGCUGAAGGAGGCAAGGAAUUGAUGGACGUCUGUUUAAGUUUAACAUGCAAAAACAACUUUCAGUUUGUGACCUUGUUCCCUCAGGUUUCAGUAGCUGUACCCCCUCCCCCAAUGCACCCGCAGGAAUGGUUAAAUGGUACUCUGAGUGUUCUUAAAAUAAGAGAUUCUUUUCAAAACGCAUCGUUUUGAGUGAAUAUAUUAUCUGAUACUUUUAUCAGACAUAAGUUGUUUGUUCUAACAAGUAUUUAAACAGAAUUGUUUUCCCUAAAAUCAUGUGUAACUUAAACCCAUGCAAUUGUAAUGCGAAUUGUAUUCUAGCAAUUGACCAGGAAUUAUUGUGUGUUUUAAAAAAAAAUAAUUGUGAGAUGUUAACUUAUUUCUCCCUUUCAAAUGUGCCAAUGACAACUGGCAGCAGUGGGAUUUGUCUGGUGAAUUGCCUUAAAUAAAUAACUGUAUUGUAUUCUUAAAUCUCUAAUUUAUCUUUAGAGGUAAAAUCUCUCGUGCAAGCUCGCAGUGCUCUUUGCCUGGAUAGAAAGUACCCAGGUGAUAAAGAGCGUAUUUUAAUGCUUGGACAGUUUUGUGUUUGCUGAAGAAAAUCAUGCCCAUAUAUAUAUUCUGUAUCUUCCCAUCUUUGCUGUAUAUGGCUGCUUUAGUGCAGCAACAAUUUCUUCACCAUCUUCCACAAAGCAGCCCCGAGACACAAGCAGUGAGCUUUGCAUCUGCUUUGAUCACCCAGGAACAGAUGGACAAUGCUAUAGGCUGGGGAAUGGGACCCUGGUUGUCAUGCUGUCAAUAAAGUUAUUUUCCUUGAUGGAUCAAUUAAUAUAACUUACCUACUGGCAUUUGCCAGACUCAAUAUAAUGUACUGGUUCCUUAAAUAAACUGUAGAAAGGCAUUGUUGGAUGGGAAUUCUUGUAUACAGUGUGUAGUACAUGUGUGUUACACACUAAAUAUCAUGUAUUUCUUUAGAUGAAUGGUAAAAAUAGUGCUCAAUGAGUAUUUUAUUUAAUGAAUUUACCAUUUUGAAGUUUUACUUUGUAUGUACAAUGUCACAGUUGCCUCCUGUAUAGACACAUUUUCACAGUAAACCGAUAAUACCACAUAUAUUAUUUAUAGAACAAACUUAGCUGAUUUCAGCUAUAAAACUUUGCUGCCAGACUAUUCACUAAUUGUAUAGUUUGUCUCGAGCUCAGAUGUAUAGUUAUGUACAGAUAGGAACAUCCUUAAGUUUGUAUGCAUCUCCUGCUCUUAUCUUGCAGUCUAUUCCAUUCUCUCUAUUGCUUUAAUAUAGCAGAGGCUGCCAUUGUACCAGUAUCUAGGCUUUACGUUCAGGAGAGACUGGUGAUAGGCUUACUCACUACUAUUAUGCCACAAUAUGGCGGCCUCUACUAUGUUUAUGCAUCAGUUACAUUUUCAUUCUGACAUUUGCAAAUCCUUAGUGACUCUUGGCUCUGUACCCAAUAUUUGGUUUAUGCUACGAAUGACAAUCCAAAUUUAAAUUUAAUCGGCAUAGAAAUUGGUGGAGAAACAUUGAGAAUAUCCUGGCGGGUGUAUUUGCAGAGCUUAUCGAUGCAGCCUGGACUUGAGCUUACUGAAUCAAUGUUUCACAAUACAAAUGAGUGACACAUUUCAUGAUGUAAGAACUGUCUGACCGGUUUUCAUUUUCCAAAUGCCUUGAGACAUGUACUGAAUGUAAUGAAGGUCUUUUAAUCCCGGUUAUCUGUGACAAUAGCUCAAAACUAUUACAACUGCCAAUUUUUUGUUUGCUAAGGGUUUUUUCAAUUUACCAGUGUUUUCCAGUCUCUGUUUGAAAACUUUUUAUGACUUUUCUUACUUAGGUGCAUUUGGUGUAAAUAUGCAUAAAGUUUAUUUAUGGUUUAAUUGCAAAACGAUGCAAAGGGAAAGUGUCGUUUGAUUGAAAAUCAUUUACCUCAGAUAUUUCAACCAGCAACUAUGUUAUUAUGCAGUUCUCAGUCCAUAUAAUCCGUUACCUCUGAUUUUAGUAAACAAUCCUAGCUUUGGCUCUGUGUAUCGGUAAGCAUUCAGGAACAGGUUGCUGCACUACUGUUUCUUAACUGCAGUUUUUUUGUUUUUCCUUUUGCAAGUACCUACAGAAAAUACCCUGGUAAAAGUGAUUGUUAAAUAUUGUACAAAUAAAACCUGUAUGCUAUCCCCACCAAAAAACCAAAACCAAUAAAAAUGAAAAUUACACUUA